UUGAUGUGCGAGAAGAGGCAAUGAUGUGGACACUGGAAGACCGGCCUCACAGUACUAAUGUGGCGAGGAGCCGAAAUCUUGUGUGCUGUGACCCAGACAAGGGUUCAGGAGAAACAGAUUUGGCCGGUAAUGCACAGACUGACUUGACCACCACUCUGCAGGACGUAGUUAAAAUAAUUGCGCAGCAGGGUAAAGCAAUUAGUGAGCUAACCAACGCAGUCCGUGAUCUCACAACCCACCACACUAGUUCAGAAAGGGAAACCAAGGAGGUUCGAUUUAAAAUCAAGCCGAAGUAUACAGAUGACGGACAGCCGAUUUGUCUACGAUGCGAGGGGGUUGGACACAUGGCCAGACAAUGCAAUCGACCACGUGACGCAGGAGGAUCUCCUAUUGGUCAGCCUAAUCCUGCGGUUCAGGGAAACAGGAACCCUCCAUUGCUAUGAGCUGGGCAAUGCGAGGCAAGUCAAAAGGCUCAAAGGACGUCCUCACCAAAGAACGGUUUCUACGACAUGCUGUAGGCAAAUGCCCUGAGGUAGACAUCCAGAUUGGUGGAGUUCUGCUUAGGUGCCUACUGGACACAGGUAGUAACGUAAGCACGUUGACAGAAAGCUUCUUCAGAGAUCACCUGCAUGGGGAAGAUGAAGAUAUGCAUUGUACCGCUAAAUGGCUUAAAAUCACAGCAGCCAAUCAGUUACCUCUUCCCUACUUAGGCUAUGUUGAGCUAGAUGUGCAGGUGAUGGGAUUCAACAUUCCAGAGUGUGGAUUCUUAAUAAUCCGAGACGAUAAUACCAAACGAGCAGAUUCAUCUCCACCUGGCAUUAUUGGGAUGAAUAUUGCAAAAAGGUGUCGACAGAUGGUAAUGUCAGAGUUUGACACAGCUCUACAGGGAGUGCUGGAUUCUGAUUGGAGAGACGCUUUUCAUCAAAUGCAGGGGGCAGAACUUGCCGGAAAAGUGUCUACAGCCCAUGUGGCAGGAAAACAGAAAGUGCAUAUACCUGCUUCAGCUAUUGUUACAGUUCAUGCAAGGGGGCUCAGGAAGUCGCUGCGUAGGGGCUCCAGCAUGCUGCUUGAGCCAGGGCCUACGCCACUGCCUGGCGGGUUGAUUGUGUUCCCCACAGUGGUUUCAGCCGACAGUCAGGUGUUCCCGGUCCAAGUGGUCAACUUCUCUCCGGAGGAUGUGUGGUUAUCCCCGAAGACGAGGUUAGGUGUCCUCAGUCAGUGUCAGUGUGUGGACGGCGACCCCUGCGAGGUAAAGUUUCAGCGUAUCACCGCUGACCACGAGGAAGUGACGAUUGACCGGAAGGAUGAUCAUGGAGGUGACAGCGACAUACAGAACCUAUUAAAGCAGCUACACCUAGGAGGUACGCUAGAACAACAGGUGGAAUUAGGAGAGCUUCUGAUGAAGUAUGCAGAUGUGUUUGCAAUUCAUGAUGAAGAUCUUGGAUACACUGAUACGGUGAAACAUGAAAUCCCCGUGGUUGACGAGACGCCAGUUUCACAGCCGUACCGGCGCAUUCCCCCUAAUCAGUACAAGGAGGUCAGGGAACAUAUUUCUGAACUGCUGAGAAAAGGCGUGAUUCAAGAAAGUUCAAGCUCCUAUGCCUCGCCUAUUGUGUUGGUGCGCAAGUCUGAUGGAAGUUUAAGACUAUGUGUGGAUUACAGGAGGCUGAACCUGAAGACCAGGCGUGAUGCAUUUCCACUGCCCCGAAUUGAUGAAACUUUAGACGCCCUGAGUGGCGCAAAGUUCUUCUCGACAAUCGACCUCGCCAGUGGAUACCAUCAGGUUGCUGUACACGAGAAGGAUAGGAACAAAACUGCUUUCACUACACCAUUCGGGCUCUAUGAGUACCUGAGGAUGCCUUUUGGGCUCUGUAACGCACCUGCAACCUUUCAACGCCUGAUGCAGACUACAAUGAGUGAUCUUGUGUUGCAGAUUAGACGGAUGCUAGUAUUCAAGGUCUAG